CCUUUCUUUAUGACCCCAAGCUCCCUCCCUGUCCUUACUUUUCCUAGUCCAAUCCCAUCACGUCUUCCUCAACGUCCAUAAUUCCGUUCUCAGUUAGGGUAUGAGAAACUGAAACUAGUUCAGGUCUUCUUAGCUCUUGUACUCUGAUUAAACCUGGGAAUAUUGGUAAAAUGAGGGCUACAGAUUGUGUAUAAGAGGAGGAAUAUUUAUACCGCUGAAGAAGACUCCUGGGAAGCUUGCUGACCUCUUAAUUGUACCUUUCAGUCUUUGUAUUUUAGAAUGGAAUUUGCAAAAUUUAAACUCUGUUCAAGAGGGAAAGUAGGAAUGAAUCAGACGGUGUUUUGAAAAAAACUCCCCCAGGUGUGGACCUCUGCUCUGACAACAAGAUGUCUUCCUGCCGCAGCUGCAACCUUAGACAAGUGGUGGUGAUCAUUUGUAUACUCAUAACUUCUGUUCUUCUCGGGCUGUGCUUUUGGAGGCUCGUGAUCACACUGCAGAGAGCAACAGUAACAUACCCAUCCACCUCUUUGGAUUUCUGCAAGAAUGGAGGCACCUGGGAGAAGGAUGGAUGCGUUUGUCCAGAGCAAUGGAAGGGAUGGAGGUGUACUAUAGUAAAUUUCUGUAAAAAUAGCACCUAUGACAAUUUCCAUUUCGACAUUAUCACAGUGGGCAAAUAUGGACCUUCCUUAGAAAAAUGUGAAAGCAACACUGGAAAUGCAGGCUUCCCAAAGGCAACUAGGUUUUGCAACAUGACUGUUUAUGGUGACAUAAUCUUAGAAAAUGCUUCAAAAGUGAACUGUGAUCAAAACCUGGAGAUGCUGGCGGCUCAGGUGGAAAAUAUUACAGAAAAUUCUUUGGAGAUUUCUUCUGAAGCCCUGCUUUUAACCUCUGAUGCAAGCAUAUUGACUGCUCAGGACAUCUCAUUUGCUGCCAUUGUGGUGCAACAGAUUUUUAACGCAUCCAGGAAUGCAGUACCUGAGGCAAAGAAAAUUGCAGUAGCCACAGUAAGCCAACUUCUAGAUGCUGAAGAAAGUGUUUUCCAACAUGCUGGCAGCUUUGGAAGCCUCACUACAGAAUUGGAGAAUUAUUCCUUGUCUUUGAUGAAUGACUCUCUAUUCUAUCCCAACAUUGCCAUCCAGUCUGUUGCCCCAGCUGCAGAAGAUACUCCACAGCCUGUAACUGUUCUUUUUUCUGUCCAAAGAGGAGCUAAUGACAUUCUGGAUUCACAACAAACAUAUAUAGAAAUAAAUGAGGAGCUGAAACCAGAGGACAAAACAGAGCUGCAGAUUCUAAUCAAUACCACACAAAGCACCAAUGGGAAAUUUGGCUUUGUUCUAUAUCAGAAUAACAAAUUUUUCCAGUCAAAAACAUUCACCAUUAGGUCAAAUUUUAGUCAAAGAGUUGUUUCAUGCAAAUUUUCUGAUGGCGGUGCUAAUCAUUUGAUGGAAGUUCCAGAUGUUUCUGUUGAAAUGAUCUUUAAACCAAAGUAUGACGAGUCUCAAUUCCAGCUUCAUUCCUAUGCCUGUGUCUUUUGGAACACUACAAAGGAUGACUGGGAUACUUAUGGGUGUAAAAAGAAACCCCACAACGACUCUCAGUUCCUUGGAUGUCAAUGCAACCAUACCACUAGUUUUGCUGUAUUAAUGAGUUUUGAUAACAAUUACAGUUAUCCUGAAUCUCUAGAUAGCAUAUCUAAAAUUGGUUGUGGAUUAUCUGUUGCUGCUUUGGCUCUUACAAUUAUGUUUCAGAUUGUUACCAGGAAAUUUAGAAAAACUUCAGUUACCUGGGUGUUUGUGAGUCUCUGCACAUCUAUGCUGAUUUUCAACAUCCUCUUCCUCUUUGGAAUAGAAAACUCUAAUAAAAAUAGCAACAGCACUGUGAUCUCUGAAGAUGACAAUGUGAUCCCUCAACAUGAUUUUAAUCCUUCAGAAAAUCAUGCAUGCACAGUGAUGACUGCCCUACUGCAUUAUUUUCUGUUGGCGACAUUGACCUGGACAGGACUCAAUGCUGUACAGCUCUACUUUCUUCUACUCAGAGCUAUGAGGCCCCUCCCUCCACGUUUCACUCUCUUUCUGUCUCUAAUAGGAUGGGGAAUACCUGGUUUAAUAGUGCUUUUAACAGUGGGAAUUAUUAUUCCAAUAAAAGGGGCAUUAGGAUACCGACAAGAAAUAAUAUGUUGGCUUGCAGUUCCAGAAGAUGGCAAUUAUCUGGAGAGCCCAUUGUUGUGGUCAUUCAUUUUACCUGCAGUUAUCAUUCUCAUCGCUAAUGCUGUUGUACUCAUUUUAAUCACAGUCAAAGUUCUGUGGGGAAGAAAUGAGAACUUGCAGAGCACAAAAAAGAGCUCAGUAACGAAGAAGAUUCUUAGCAUGUUAUCCAUUGCUGUGGUUUUCGGGCUUACUUGGAUUCUGGGUUACCUGAUGCUAAUAGAUGAUGACAACGUAAAAAUCCUCUUCAGCUUUUUAUUCUGCAUUUUCAACACAUCACAGGGUCUGCAAAUUUUCAUCCUCUAUACUCUUCGAACAAAAGUCUUCAGGAAUAAAGUUUCUGAUAUAUUCAAGUCAAUGUCAUCUACCAUUGGGAAUAUAAAAAUGCCUUCUCUGAAGGUAAUUUCCCUACAUUCACAGGUGUAUGAAAUGAUUAGGUCCCUUCCACACAGAAUUGAACGCUUUAGCUUGUUGGAGAAAUCUCCGACUAUUGAGGAGACAUUCCUUUCUGAAAGUGACUAAAGUAAUUCAUGCUACUAAACUGUAAAGAUAUCAUAACUUUGGUAAUCUAUUUUUGAUACAUCAGAUGCAAAUUUUAAAUGAUUUCUCCCCUUCCUCUUUGUACUUAAACUUACCUGGCAUCUCCUUCAAUGUACUUUUAUCAUGGGAGAAAAAUAGAAAAGAUAAAUAAUAAAGAUAAAAUAAAAAUAAAAUAAAAUAAAAAUAAAAAAGAUAAAUAAGAAAAAAUAGAAAGAUAUUGUCUCUUAUACAGAACUAGCGUUUUUAAUGCCCAAGUCAACCUUCACACACACAGAUUGGGUUUGGAACAAGGAGUAUGAAAAGUGCCUGAAAAUCAACUUUUUAAGACAAAUUCAGCUCAAGGGAGAGGCAGAGAGGAGAUAAAGCCUCCACCAUAUGGUAGCUCCCUACUUUAUUUAAUUAUUCUUGCUGAAUAGGUUCUAUGGUGCUACUUUAUAGUGCCAUUAGGGCCCUGAGGCAGAGCCGUGGUCACCCUAGUCAUAGCUCUGUUCUUUGGCUAGGCAAUGGGGUUAAGUGACUUGCCCAGGGUCACACAGCUAGUAAGAGUUAUUUGUCUA